AUGCUAAAGGAUUUCUUCGUCAUUCCGAAUCAGGCACUUCUGACUGCGUUGGUCGACUUGAGUUACCUCGUUAGUUCAGGACUAACAGCGCCGCCCACAGCGAUUGAACCCCGAGAAACUACUUCUACAUCUGCGCGUGAAGGUAAGACAUCUACUCCGACAACAUCGUCAAGGACGUCGAGGGACACCAGAGAGUCUUCAACAGCAGAUGCAGUGUCUGCGUCGACGAAAGCGCCAGCAAUAAUGCAAGCAACGCCGCAGCAGGAAGUAUACGAUCAAGCCUCAGCUCUUACAGAUGGAACUAUGUUGACUAACAAUCCUACAACUUCAUCGAGUUCGAGUGGGAACAAUGCACCUUCUUCCUCAUCCUCUACCGGCGUUGGGAUUGCCACGGACCCUAGAACAGCAGCCCAACAAGGGGUGCCUGCUGCAAUCACCGCAGCCGAGAGAUUUGCUCAGCUGCAGGAAGAAGGUCGCCGGGACGCAGAGCGCCUAGUUGCCGGCUCGCCGUCGACCGUACUACCGGAGAUCAAGGUCGCCGGGAUGUCCGAGAGCGAGGACGAGACAGAGCUGCAGAACCGGAACGCAAAUGAGCUUCAGAACCAAUUGAUUCUCUAUCGGCCAGCCUUGUUGCGGUUUUUCCUCGGCUGCUUCGAUGUACUCUUUUUCACG